GAUGGAGGGUGGCCUACGUGAUGGCAUGGCGUCCGGAGGUGGCUCCCUGGGCCUCAUAGCCUUCCUCUUGCUGCUUCAGCCAAAGCCUUGCGAGGCCUGGGCAGCCGCCUCUGUACUCUCUACUUCCGGUUUCCCCUCAGGUCUUAGUGAAGCCCCGAGGGACAACCCACCGCCACCCACCCGGGUGCGCAUGUCCAAGGCUACCACCCGCUCUCCUUUCAUGAACUUUUCCUUAGUGUGUGGCCAACCCUUUAUGAAGAUCAUGGGAGGGGUGGACGCUGAAGAGGGGAAGUGGCCCUGGCAGGUGAGCGUUCGGGUCAGACACAUGCAUGUCUGCGGAGGUUCCCUCAUCAAUUCCCAGUGGGUGCUGACUGCCGCCCAUUGUAUUUACAGCCGAAUCCAGUACAACGUCAAGGUGGGCGAUCGGAGUGUCUACCGACAGAAUACAAGUCUAGUGAUUCCCAUCAAGACCAUCUUUGUCCACCCUCAGUUCUCAACAACUGUCGUCGUUAAAAAUGAUAUUGCUCUUCUCAAGCUCCAACACCCUGUGAAUUUCACCGCUACCAUAUACCCUGUCUGCAUCCCUUCAGAGAGUUUUCCUGUAAAAGCUGGGACCAAAUGUUGGGUGACAGGAUGGGGAAAACUAGUGCCAGGAGCACCAGAUGUUCCGGCAGAAAUCCUCCAGGAGGUGGACCAAAAUGUCAUCCUUUAUGAGGAAUGUAAUGAGAUGCUGAAGAAAGCUACCUCAAGUUCUGUGGAUCUCGUCAAGAGAGGCAUGGUCUGUGGCUAUAAAGAAAGAGGAAAGGACGCCUGCCAGGGAGACUCUGGAGGCCCGAUGUCCUGUGAAUUUGAUAACAAAUGGGUGCAGUUAGGAGUUGUGAGCUGGGGCAUCAGCUGUGGUCGCCAAGGAUACCCUGGAGUUUAUACAGACGUUGCCUUCUACAGCAAGUGGCUAAUUGCCGUGGUGAACCAGGCAGAUUGUUUGCAUCCAGUGGUCUUCCUCGUCUUACUGCUGUGUCCGCUGACCUCAUGACAUCCCGUGGACACGGUGAUCUCAUUCCUAUCCUCUUUAGAGCCCCUCUUGUUUGACCUUCCCAAUGCCCUUUCUUCAAUCCCUUGCCCCAGAGAGAGCCACAGUGAACUAUGUCGGGGAUCUGAGAGACUUGAAAGUGUUCUGCCUGGUCACCUGGUCACCUGGUCACCAUCCUUGGCCACAGCACUCCUGAGUUGUGCUCUGCCUGGCAGUAACGAAGGUUAGUCAAUUCCAGUGAGAAGACAAACUGGCCUGCCAGGUCAGUCACAGUGACCUCAGCAAGGAUGUCAUCAGGGGAGGGGCAAGUGCUAGGCAUAGCUGUGGUUUCAGGGAACUCACCUCAGACUGUCACACUAGAUCUAGCUUGGUGAUCACACACACACACACACACACACACACACACACA